AUUGGCUGGUUAGAUAAGUUUGCAAAAAUUUGCGAUGGCCACCAGAAAAGGCCGGCUAACGAAGCCGGUUAGUGGUCAGCAUAGACAGAGCCUGAAUCACCCCCAGGAGGAGGAUAAAGACGCAUUAAAUGCACGAAUACAGGCAACACAUCGCUACAUUUUCGAUCGACUUACAAUAAUGCUAGGAUUGGACAUUGAAAUUAUUCAGGAGUCGUUCCUGUCGACUGAUCAACUGGAAGCGCUCGACAGUUUGAUGAGAGCGAAAGAGAAAAGCUGUGUGGUUGUAUUCCUGCCUUCUGCUCCACCAGCUCCGGAAUCGGAGACGGAAAGACGCGGAAGUGCCAAGCCGUCGCCACCUUGUCCCUUUGUCUUGACUGAAGGGAAUCAAGAGCACAUGCACGGAGAGGGAUUAAUCGUGUACAUCACUAGAGUCUCAGACAGGGCUAUCACCAUGAACACUAUUGAUACGGAGCUGCUGUUUGGGUGUCUUGGGGUGGAAAGUGGACAAAGUGCUUUGAGUGUAGCUCAAAAGAUACUUGGUUGCGUGUUUAACCCUUAUAUUGACGUAUUUGACUUUGUCUCUACGAGCUGUCCUAACGGAGAAGAACUCAAAUCUGCGUUUCAAAUUGAACUCAACGAGUUUGACAAGUCGUUGUUGGACGCUCAAGCUUGUCUCCUUGAAACUGUUUUCCUUUCAAAGUGUGAGUUGCCCGAACUGGAAGAUUGGACCAGCCUCAAUGCCUGGCAGUCCGCAGCUUGUGAUAAGGACACGUUAGCUGCUGUCGAGAGCAUGUUACAGUCGUGGUGCAAACGUAUUGAACUCGUGCUGAUAGAGACAGAUCUUAUUCAAAAGGAAUCUGACGAUAUCGGUCCUUAUGCAGAACUUGUGAGCUGGAAAAACAGGUCCACUAAGUUCAACUUCCUCCUCGAGCAGAUAAAGAGUCCAAUAUGCAGAAAUGCAUGUGGUAUACUGAAGAUCGCAAAAAGUAAAACUCUCGAGGCAUGGAAAACAUUCGAUCAAAAGAUAACAGACGCAGCAAACGAAGCAAAAGACAACGUUAAAAUUCUGUACUCUCUCCUGACGUACUGUCAGCCGUUAUACUACAGUGAUCCAGUCAGCAUUAAACCGGAGAUAAAGAAGAUGAUGGAGGCUAUCCUUAUCAUCUACACAACUUCACAACAUUAUAAUACGACUGACUGCAUGACCCAUCUCUUUGUCAAAAUAACAAAUCAGAUGGUAGUAGCGUGUAAAGAUUACAUAACAGACAAAGGAGUACACCGCAUUUGGGAUUUCACUUACUCUGAAAUCAGCAAAAGGAUUCAGGACGCCUUAGAUUUGUACAACGAGUACGAUAGUGGCUUCCAAGCCAUGAAGAACAAAUCUGAUAAAGAGUUCGAUUUCUCAGAGAUGUACACAUUUGGGAAAUUUGUUUCCUUUUGCAAACGCCUUGAAAAGAUAAAAGCCAUGUUGAGCACCAUCGAGAAGUACAGCGCCCUCACAACAGUUAAACUUGAGGGAUUCGAAUCCACCAUCACCAAGUACAAGGUGAUUGUGACCACCAUGCAGAAAAAGGGCUACGACUUCUUGGACCAACGAAAGGCGACGUUUGACGACGAUUUCGACUAUUUUAACAAUCAGAUAACACAGCUGGCCAACUCUAUAAUGAUUUAUUCUGAGGUUGCUAUCAAUAGGAGACCAAGUGUUACCAGAUGUUUGGAAGUGCUUAACAAGAUUGGAAAGUUAGACAUAGAGGAGAUAAAGUUAGGACCACUAUACUCACAGAUAGUGGAGCGCUAUCAAGUAGAGCUAGAGGAAAUCCGUAAACUAUACACAGAUAACAAGGAGAACCCAGGUCUGCUCCGGAACAUGCCCAAAACUAGUAGCGCUAUAUCCUGGGCCAGACAUCUUCACAGACUCAUUUCUGGUCCAAUCUUCGAGUUUGAAAGACUCUGGAUACUUACUCCUCUGACAAACGAAGAACAUCGUAAAAUAAUAAAGAAAUAUAACCGGAUGGCAGAGUGUUUGAUAACAUUUGAAAUGAAGCAUAUAGAGGCAUUCAACAAAGUUUAUGGUGUUGUUAAGACUUCUUUAAAAGCUUCUAUCCUGGUAAAGCACCCAGAAACGGAGAAAUUAUACAUCAACUUUGAUCCUUCGUUUAUCGAACUCAUCAGAGAAACCUCAGUCUUCCAACAGUUAUUGCACAUUGAGCUACCUACCGCUUCUGAAGACAUUGUCAUCAACAUCAACGAGAUCAAAUUUCGGUUUGAGAAAAUAAAACAACUGUUAGACGACUACGACAAAGUUAAAGAAGCAAUAAAUCCUAUCAUGAGAGAUCUGAUGUCUUACAGAAUUGACAUGUUGGAUGCAGUUGUGUUCAAAGGAACGUACAUGAUGACGUGGAACUCUCUUCUCGUAGAGGAAUACUUCAAGGAGGUGGAGAAAGAGAUUUACUCAACAGCUUGCCUUAUGAAGGAUCUAAACGAUAUAUUCGAAGUGAGAAUAAUGUCCAUUUGGAAUGAGAUUGAAACGACUCAACUCUGUUCGUUGCCUGAAGCUCCCAUGGAUGUGUUCGUAUUUGGUGAAAAUGUGAAUACUAUGUGUGCUGCAGCCACUCCUAGGAUGUACGCUUUGAGUCAGAAAGCGAAGGAGGCCGCCUUUGACCUGGUUAAUGUAUUCCAGAGUAGGAUCGGAAUCGAAGGAAUGGAUCAGUACAAUGUUUCGGAUGGAGAGACUCGAAAUUCUCCCACUCCGAGAGGUUUAGAGGAUCAGUCCAGAUCAAGCGUGGAGACGCGUUCUAGAAGUCCUAAGAUGAAUACUGUGCUGAGGAACAAAGCGCUUGGUCGAAAAGAAGAUGCAGCAUUUGACGAGACGUUAAUGGCUGAGUUCAGUGCUGUUUGUGACGAGCUGAUCAAUAUUCUUCACAACAAAACUAUAAACAUGGUACUGAAAUGUAUUAAGCACGCUCUUGAUGCCAUCAAGAGACGCCUCUUCCACGGCAGACAGAGCUUCAGCUACAGGAAGGUCGAGGAACAGAACAAGAAUUCGGUUAUCUCCUUCUUCUACGCACACGUCCACCUCGACAUCCCAUCCAUUGUGAUAAAACCUUCCCUUGACACGAUCCAACAUGAGCUGAACAGCGCUAUACACAACGUGAUACAGACUUCAGCUGGAGUGAGGAGAUGGUACACUGGGUUUUCAGAGGGAGGUCAACCUCUGACCACCAUGAGUGUCGUGGACCACAAGGAGAUCCUAAAGGUCUCCUCAACAUUAGCCUCAGCAAUACAGAUGAGUAAACCUGAUGUGGAGAUUGAGAUUGAGAAGUUCAAUAAUUACGAGUUUGUCUGGUCUAAAGACAAGGAAACAGUCAUGGCAGCCUUCCUGGAAGACAAGCCCAUAAUUUCGGAUUUCAACCAGGAAAUUCAGUACUACGUGAACCUCAAACAGGAAAUAGACGAAGAUUUCGCGGAUGUGAUAAAAGUAGAUUCAAUAGCCUUGCACUCUGAAAAUUGCAAAGAAAGCAUCAAGCAGGAGAUUAGGAACUGGACACUGAGGUACGCUCGUACCAUGAACGAUAAUUUUAAAACAAAAAUGGUAGACGUGGAGACCGUCAUCAGCGAGUUGACAACUCGUCUAAACAGAAAUAUCACCGAUUUGGACGAUGUUCGUUUUGCUAUGAUGGCUAUAAACGAGUUCAAACAGGAAGAGAUCAUGCUGGACACAGAGAUUUGUCAGAUUGAAGACUGCUACGCUUUGCUCAACAGACUGAAUGUCCCCAUCCCACCCGAAGAAAUAAACAUGGUAGAUACUCUGAGAUACGGUAAAACUAAGAUGGCAAACAAAGCUCAAUCCGUGUCGUACAAUCUACUGGAUCUCCAGCCCACCAUGAGAGGAGAUCUGAUCAGUCAGGUGGCUCAGUUCAAGGUAGAUUCAAAACAUUUUGUUGACGAGUACAACACAAUGGGUCCCAUGGUGGACGGUAUCCCACCCAAGGAAGCCAGCGCUAGAGUGAUUCAGUUCGGAACCAAGUUUGAAGCUAUUUGGGCACGAUUCCUCACUUAUUCCGGAGGAGAGAAGCUGUUUGGCAUGACGGUUACUGAUUAUCCAGAUAUUCAGCGGAUAAAGAAGGAGCUUGGUUUGCUACAGAAGUUGUACAGUUUGUAUAACAGCGUUAUCACUGCUGUUCAGGGGUAUUAUGAUAUCAUCUGGACUGAAGUUGAUAUUGAGGCGAUCAACGCUGAGAUCCUGGACUUUCAGAACAGGUGCCGAAAGCUACCAAAAGCGAUGAAGAACUGGCAAGCGUUCCUGGAACUGAAACAAUCUAUUGACGAUUUCAAUGAAUGUUGUCCUCUGUUGGAAUCAUUGGCAGACAAAGCUUUGAUAGAUAGACAUUGGGAACAAGUUGGUAUCCUAUGCGGCUGUAAAUUCGAUAUUCACAACGAGAAUUUUCUGCUAAGAAACAUCAUGGAGGCACCACUUCUGCAGCAUAAAGAGGAUAUCGAGGAUGUUUGUAUAGCUGCUGUGAAAGAGAAAGACAUUGAAGCAAAGCUGAAACAAGUCAUAGCUGAGUGGAGCGUACAGGACCUUACUUUCUCGGAGUUUAAGAACAGAGGGGAGUUGCUGCUGAAGGCAGCUGACAUUAUGGAGAUUGUGACGCUCAUGGAGGACAGUUUAAUGGUUCUCAGUUCACUCAUGAGUAACCGAUACAACGCACCCUACAAGAAGAAUAUUCAGUUAUGGGUACAGAACAUCUCCUCCUCUGCCGAGAUAAUUGAAAGCUGGCUGGUGGUACAGAACCUGUGGGUCUACCUAGAGGCCGUGUUUGUGGGGGGAGACAUCGCCAAACAACUUCCUAAAGAAGCUAAACGUUUUCAAGGCAUAGACAACUCGUGGCAGAAAAUAAUGCAGAGAGCCCACGAGACGACUAACGUGGUCCACUGUUGUGUCGGAGAUGAGACACUGGGCCAGCUUCUGCCACAUCUGCUGGAACAGCUUGAGCUCUGCCAGAAGUCCCUUUCUGGGUAUCUUGAGGCUAAACGUCUUAUAUUCCCAAGGUUCUUCUUCGUGUCUGACCCGGCGUUACUGGAGAUAUUGGGUCAGGCUAGUGACUCACACACGAUACAGGCUCACUUACUGAACGUGUUUGAUAAUGUGGCUACGGUUCAGUUCCAUGACAAGGUCUACGAUCAGAUAACAGCUGCUUGUUCUAAAGAGGACGAGGUGAUACAACUAGAGAAACCAGUAAUAGCUCAGGGUGGCGUUGAGCUUUGGUUAGGAUCUCUAAUGCAGAUGAUAUUCAGUUCCAUUCACGGUAUCAUCAGACAAGCUUGGUAUGCCAUCAACGCGGAGGACUUCGACCUUCUCAAGUUCAUAUCCAUGUUCCCAGCUCAGAUAUCCCUCCUUGGAAUUCAGUUGCUGUGGACACGUGAUGCAGAGAUUGCGCUGAAGCACGCGCGACACGACAAGAAGAAGAUGCAGGAUGCUAACGAAUCGUUUUUGACUCUGUUAAACACGCUUAUCGCUCAGACAACAAAUGAUUUGGAGAAAUUCGAACGAAUUUGUUACGAGACUAUCAUUACUAUACACGUCCAUCAGAGAGACAUAUUCAACGAGCUGGUGAAGACACACGUAAAGUCACUAGGUGAUUUCGAGUGGCUAAAACAAUCCAGAUUCUAUUAUGUUGAGGAUGUAGAUCAAUGUCAGAUCAGAAUUACUGACGUUAACUUUGAGUACCAGAACGAGCCGCUGGGUUGCACUGACAGACUAGUCAUCACCCCACUGACUGACAGAUGUUACAUCACUAUCGCUCAGGCUCUUGGUAUGAGCAGUGGAGCUGCUCCUGCGGGCCCUGCUGGUACAGGUAAAACAGAGACUGUAAAAGACAUGGGAAGAUGUUUGGGUAAAUAUGUUGUCGUGUUCAACUGUUCCGAUCAGAUGGAUUACCGUGGUCUUGGCAGGAUUUACAAAGGUUUAGCUCAGUCUGGUGCUUUUGGUUGUUUUGACGAGUUCAACAGGAUAGAAUUACCAGUAUUGUCCGUAGCAGCUCAGCAAAUCCACAUCGUCUUGACUUGCAGGAAGGAGCGCAAAUCAGAGUUCAUUUUCAGUGAUGGAGAUAUUGUCAAGAUGAAUCCUGAAUUUGGCAUAUUCUUAACCAUGAAUCCCGGUUACGCUGGACGUCAAGAGUUGCCGGAGAAUCUGAAGAUUAUGUUCAGAACGGUGGCUAUGAUGGUGCCGGACCGGCAGAUUAUCAUGUGCGUCAAACUCGCUGCUUGCGGUUUCAUCGAGAAUCUCAUGUUGUCCUUCAAGUUCUAUACUUUGUACAAACUUUGUGAGGAGCAGCUUACCAAGCAGGUGCAUUAUGAUUUCGGACUAAGAAACAUCCUGUCAGUACUAAGAACUCUGGGAACAGUAAAACGAGCGAAUCCAGAGGACAGUGAGAGUAGUAUAGUGAUGAGAGUCCUCAGGGACAUGAACCUUUCUAAACUUAUUGAUGAAGAUGAGCCCCUCUUCCUUUCACUCAUCGACGAUCUAUUUCCAGGAAUUGUGUUGGAGAAGGCUGGUUACCCAGAGAUUGAGGCAGCUAUUUUGACUGAGGUUCAGAAGCGAAAACUUGUUUAUCACCCUCCAUGGGUUCUGAAACUGAUUCAGUUAUUCGAGACACAACGAGUACGGCACGGUAUGAUGAUGUUGGGGCCAACUGGCGCUGGUAAAACAGAGGCAAUACACGCUCUCAUGGAUUCUAUGGGUGAAUGCGGGUCCCCUCACAGAGAAAUGAAGAUGAACCCUAAAGCUAUAACCGCACCUCAAAUGUUCGGUAUACUUGAUGUAGCUACAAAUGACUGGACAGAUGGGAUAUUCUCCACCCUUUGGAGAAGAACUCUGAAGGCGAAGAAAGGAGAAGCAGUUUGGAUUACUCUUGACGGGCCUGUUGAUGCCAUCUGGAUCGAGAAUUUGAACUCUGUGUUAGACGAUAACAAAACUCUAACACUUGCUAAUGGAGACAGAAUCCCAAUGUCCCCGAAUUGUAAAGUACUUUUUGAAGUGCACAACAUUGACAACGCUUCACCCGCCACUGUAUCACGGAAUGGCAUGACCUUCCUCAGUUCCUCAGUUCUUGACUGGAGACCCAUCUUACAGGGAUGGUUAAACACCCGGCCGUCCACUGAAAUUGGAAUAUUUACAAAUCUUUUUGAGAGGAUCUUUGAAGACGCUUACAAUUACGUUCUCACAAUGCUCAAACCGAAGAUGGUUACUCUCCAAUGUGAUUACAUCGCACAGUCGUGUAACCUACUGCAAGGCCUAGUCCCGGUCAGCGAUGGUGCAGACGGUCCAGUCAGUCACUGCUCCCCUGACCAUCUCGAGAGACUCUUCAUCUUUGCUAUUAUGUGGAGUUUAGGGGCGGUGUUGGAGCUUGAAGACAGAGCAAAACUGCAAGAAUUCAUCGCACAGAAGAAAUGUUUGGACCUACCACCAGCUGAUGCCUCUAAAGGGGACACCAUAUUCGAGUACACCGUGUCCGAUGAAGGACAGUGGGUUCACUGGAACAGUCUAGUUACUCAAUAUCUUUAUCCUGAGGACUCUGUCCCCAGAUAUGUAGAGAUUUUGGUGCCCAAUGUGGACAAUGUUCGAACGAACUUCUUGAUUGAGACCAUCAGUAAACAAGAUAAAGCAGUCCUACUUAUUGGUGAACAAGGUACAGCGAAGACAGUGGUUGUUAAAGGUUACAUGAAUGAGUACGAUCCAGAUGAGAGACUUAGUAAAUGUAUGAACUUCUCGUCAGCCUCAACUCCGGGAAUGUUCCAGGCUUCAAUUGAAAGCUACGUUGAGAAACGGAUGGGAACAACAUUCGGUCCACCCUCUGGAAAGAAGAUGACUGUCUUUAUAGACGAUGUUAACAUGCCUGUCAUUAACGAGUGGGGAGACCAGAUCACUAACGAAAUUGUAAGACAACUUAUGGAACAACAAGGAUUCUACAACCUGGAGAAACCCGGAGAUUUUACACACAUAGUUGACAUAUCUCUAAUUUCUGCCAUGAUCCACCCGGGUGGCGGUCGAAACGACAUUCCCUCAAGACUGAAGAGGCAAUUUAGCAUCUUCAACUGUACUCUUCCUUCAAACAACUCUAUUGAUCAGGUCUUCCGAACAAUUGCAUGUGGAUAUUUCUGCACGGCUAGAGGAUUUACCCAGGAUGUCUGUGACACUGUUGCUUCUCUGGUUCCUCUUACAAGGGCUCUGUGGCAGGAUGUUAAAAAGAAGAUGUUACCCACACCUGCAAAGUUCCACUACACCUUCAAUCUGCGAGAUUUGAGUCGGGUCUGGCAAGGCAUGUUGACUGUCACUUCGGAGGUGCUCCAGGACGUUUCACUUCUGCUUCACCUAUGGAAUCACGAGAUCACCAGAGUACUGCAUGAUAGGUUUACGAAUGAACAGGACAAAGAUAAGUUCUACGUAAUGGUAGACGAGUUGAUGAAGGAAAAUUUCCCAAAUGAUCCAAUUCAGGAGGACAAUUACUUCAUUGAUUUCAUGAGAGAAGCUCCAGAGGUAACAGGUGAAGAGCCCGACGAUGCUGAUCUGAGUGCGCCUAAAAUUUAUGAGAAGAUGGAAACUUUCCAAAUCUUGACAGAAAGACUCCAGGGUUUUCAAGACAAUUAUAACGAAUCAAUCAGGGGUUCCAGCAUGGAUUUGGUCUUCUUCGAGGACUGUAUGACUCAUCUGAUCAAAGUGUCCCGUAUCAUCAGAAGUGAUAUCGGGAGUGCCCUGCUUGUGGGGGUGGGAGGUUCAGGGAAACAGUCAGUCACCAGGAUGGCUAGUUUCAUCGCUGGAUACGUUGUGUUCCAGAUUACUCUCAGCAGAUCCUACAACAUCUCCAAUCUUUUAGAAGAUCUCAAACAUCUGUACCGUAUAGCUGGACUCAAGGGACAGGGUGUUACUUUUAUUUUCACUGACAACGAGAUAAAGGAUGAAGCGUUCUUGGAGUUUAUCAACAAUAUUCUCUCUUCUGGUGAAGUAUCUAACUUAUUUGCCAAAGACGAAGUUGAUGAGAUUCUCAACGAUCUAAUUCCUAUAAUGAAGAAAGAGUUACCCAGACAUCCCCCGACUGGGGAGAACUUGUACGAGUAUUUCAUAGCCAGGGUUAGGAUGAAUCUGCACAUCGUUCUGUGUUUCUCCCCGGUGGGAGAGAAGUUCAGAUCACGAGCUCUCAAGUUCCCUGGUCUGAUAUCUGGCUGCACAAUGGAUUGGUUCAGGCCUUGGCCCCGGGACGCCCUUAUCGCUGUAUCCAAAUACUUCCUCUCGAGUUAUGAAAUGGACUGCACUCCCCGCACAAAGUCCGCCAUCAUCGAGAGUAUGGGUACGUAUCAGGACAUUGUUUCCCACUCGUGUGCUGACUACUUUGAGAUGUUCCGGAGGCAGACUCACGUCACUCCCAAAUCCUACCUCUCUUUCCUCAACGGUUACAAGACCUGCUACAGAGAGAAGUCUGACGCCCUCAACGAGCUCGCCAGGAGAAUGAACUCUGGUUUAGAGAAACUUCUGGAGGCAACAGAUAGCGUGGGGCAGCUGAAGAUAGAACUGGCAGAGAAGGAUGUGGAGUUGGCUGUGGCGAGUAAAGAGGCAGAUGUUGUGUUAGAGGACGUCACUGUUAAGGCUCAGGGCGCAGAGAAGGUUAAGGCUCAGGUGCAGGUUGUGAAGGAUAGAGCUCAGUCUCUUGUUGAUAUUAUCAACGCGGAUAAGGCGGUCGCUGAGGGGAAACUGCAGGCCGCUGAACCAGCGCUAAAGGCAGCUGAAGCAGCUUUGCUAACAAUCAAACCGUCAGAUAUUUCAACAGUGAGGAAGCUAGCGAAGCCACCUCAUCUUAUUAUGCGUAUCAUGGACUGUGUAAUAAUUUUGUUCCAGAAGAAGUUGAACGCUGUACUCCCUGAUCUAGACAAACCUCAGUUUUUCAAACCAUCUUGGUCUGAAUCUCUGAAGCUCAUGUCUCAGAGUACCUUUAUCGCGAAUUUGCAGCAGUUCAAGAAAGAUUCGAUAAAUGAAGAGACGGUUGAGCUCCUGGAAGCAUACUUCCGUUCUGAAGAUUAUACGUAUGAGUCAGCGAAGAAGGUGUGCGGUGACGUGGCAGGGCUACAAUCCUGGACCAGUGCCAUGGCUGACUUCUAUACUAUCAACAAAGAGGUCUUACCUCUAAAAGCUAACCUUUUCAUCCAAGAGAAGAAACUGGAGGGUGCUAUGUCUGAGUUAUCUGUUGCACAAGAAAUGUUAGACGCCAAACAGGCGGAACUUGACGAAGUUCAGGCAAUAUACGAUGCAGCCAUGUCCAAGAAACAGCAGUUGUUCGACGAUGCAUCCAUGUGUGAAAGAAGAAUGAAGGCUGCAACGGCUCUCAUAAACGGUCUUAGCGGAGAGAAAGUCAGGUGGACCGAGGAAAGUCUCCAGUUUAAAGCUACCAUUAAACAACUUGUCGGUGAUGUUCUCCUGGCUGUUGGGUUCCUGUCUUACUCAGGGCCCUUCAACCAGCUCUAUCGAAGUUUACUGUUCGACAAAUGGAAAGCCGAUCUUCGGAAGAAUGAUAUUCCUUUCAAAGAAGACAUUGAUGUCGUGAGUUUUCUAUCGACUCAAACUCAGAUAGGAGAGUGGAAUCUUCAAGGUCUGCCCAACGAUGAACUUUCAACUCAAAACGGUAUUAUUUGUACCUCCGCCUCUAGAUACCCUCUUCUAAUUGAUCCUCAAGGACAAGGAAAAGUAUGGAUCAACAAUAAAGAAGGGCCCAACGGUUUAGUGGUUACAAAUCUCUCACAAAAACAUUUCAGAACACAUCUCGAAGACUCCCUAUCUUUAGGAAAUCCUCUUCUUAUCGAAGACGUGGGAGAGGAACUGGAUCCAGCAUUGGACAAUGUUUUGGAGAAGAACUUCAUCAAAUCAGGAUCCACACUAAAAGUAAAGGUCGGAGACAAAGAGUGUGAUGUGAUGGGCGGGUUUAUCUUGUACAUCACCACUAAACUACCUAACCCAGCAUAUACACCCGAAAUAUCAGCUAGAACAAGUAUCAUAGAUUUCACGGUCACUAUGAAGGGUCUUGAGGAGCAGCUGCUGGGACGAGUAAUCCUCACAGAGAAGGCUGAGCUGGAGAAUGAGAGAAUUUCAAUGUUGGAGGAUGUCACCCUGAAUAAGCGCAAGAUGAAAGAGUUAGAGGAUAACCUUCUUUACAAGCUGACCUCAACUCAGGGUUCACUUGUAGACGAUCCUACUCUAAUUGAGGUUUUGCAAAUUACUAAAGUUACCGCGGGUGAGGUUAACGAGAAGUUGGUUAUUGCUGCGGAGACAGAGCUGAAAAUAAACUCAGCCAGAGAAGAGUUCCGGCCAGUUGCUUCAAGGGGUUCUAUCCUAUAUUUCCUGAUCACUGAGAUGAGCAUGGUGAACGAGAUGUACCAGACCUCUCUUGUGCAGUUUCUCAGUCUGUUCGAUCGCAGCAUGGAAAAAUCUGAAAAGAGUCCAGUAACAUCAAAGCGCCUCACGGCUAUCAUUGAGCACCUGUCAUUUGCUGUGUUCGAGUACACCUGCCGAGGUCUUUAUGAGGAUCACAAGUUCCUCUUCACGUUACUCCUUGCUCUGAAGAUUGAUCUGAGCAGAGAGAAGGUCAAACAUCAGGAAUUCCAAAUCCUAAUAAAAGGAGGAGCAGCUCUAGAUCUGAAUGCCGUUGCUCCAAAACCAGCCAGCUGGAUUCUUGACAUCACCUGGUUGAACAUAGUCAGCUUGAGUGAACUUCAGCAGUUUGACGACCUCCCAUCCAAGGUCGCUACGAACGAGAAGGCGUGGAAGAGGUGGUUUGACACGGAUCAGCCGGAAGAAGAGGAAAUGCCGGACGGAUACAACCAGUCUCUGGACGUGUUCCGGAAAUUACUCAUGAUCAGGGCCUGGUGUCCGGAUAGAAUCAUUCCACAGGCUAGGAAAUACAUUGCAAGUGCGAUGGGCCGCAAGUAUGCGGAGGCUGUUAUCUUGAAUCUAGAGAAGACUUGGUCAGAGAGUGACCCGGUUACACCAUUGGUUUGUCUCCUGUCUAUGGGAAGUGAUCCCACAGCUAGCAUUGAGAAUCUCGCUAAAAACAAUAAACUCGAAUGUAGGAGCAUUUCGAUGGGUCAAGGUCAGGAGAUUCACGCUCGGAGGCUACUGCAGAGUUUCAUGAGCGGAGGAGGCUGGGUCCUGCUUCAGAACUGCCAUUUAGCUCUUGGAUUCCUGGACGAACUGUUGGAGACAGUAACCACAGCAGAAGAUACCAACGAACACUUCAGACUGUGGAUGACAACUGAGAUACAUCCUAAAUUCCCCAUCAACUUCCUCCAAUCAUCUAUCAAGUUUACCAACGAACCUCCCCAAGGACUGAAGGCCGGAUUGAAGAGGACCUAUUCUACGGUUACAAAGGAACAGUUGGAGAUAACCAGUGCUCCUCAGUGGAAACCUAUGUUGUACGCUGUAGCCUUCCUUCACUCUGUUGUUCAGGAGCGAAGAAAGUUUGGUCCGCUAGGAUGGAACAUCCCAUACGAGUUUAACCAGUCUGACUUCACUGCAACAGUCCAGUUCGUACAGAACCAUCUAGACGACAUGGAUCCUAAACGAGGAGUCUCGUGGGGUACUGUGUGUUACAUGAUAGGAGAGGUACAGUACGGUGGUCGAGUAACUGACGACUUCGACAAGAUCCUCCUCAAUACCUACGCUAAAGUCUGGUUUAGAGACAACAUGUUCAAUAAAAACUUCUGCUUCUUCAAAGGGUACAUAAUUCCUGAGUGCAACUCCCUGGAACAGCACCAGGCUUACAUAGAAACACUACCACUCACAGACACACCUGAGGUGUUUGGUCUGCACGCAAACGCUGAUGUGUCAUACCAAAGCAAGGUUGCGCGCGAGGCAUUGGAAACUAUCUUGAACGUGCAACCUAAAGACAGUGGAGGAGGAAGCGGGGAAACAAGAGAAAGUGUAGUUUACAGACUGGCAACGGAGAUGUUGUACAAGCUUCCUCCUGACUACGUGGCUCACGAGGUGCGAGCAAGGAUUAUGAAGUACGGUCACCUUGCUCCGAUGAACAUCUUCCUCAAACAAGAGAUAGACAGAAUGCAGCGUGUCAUCCUCGCUGUUAGGAUUUGUCUUCAGGAUUUGAAGCUAGCUAUAGACGGCACGAUUAUCAUGAAUGAGAACUUGAGAGACGCACUGGAUAACAUGUUUGAUGCCCGUAUCCCCUCACUCUGGCUAAAGAUAUCCUGGGAGAGCUCAACUAUAGGAUUUUGGUUCACUGAGCUGCUUGAACGGACCACCCAGUUCAGUUCUUGGAUAUUCAUGGGCCGACCCAAAGUGUUCUGGAUGACAGGGUUCUUUAACCCUCAGGGUUUCCUGACGGCUAUGAGACAGGAGGUUACGAGAGCUCACAAGGGUUGGGCUCUUGAUUCUGUUGUCCUGUUCAACGAAGUUUGUAAAGUUUUUAAAGAGGAUAUCGCCACCGCUCCCGCAGAGGGUGUGUAUGUUCACGGUUUGUUUUUGGAUGGCGCAAGCUGGGACAAAAAGAACGCUAAACUUGCUGAACAAGCUCCCAAAGUAUUGUUCGUUCCCCUUCCUGUCAUUCACAUUUUCGCGGUCAAUAAUGCCAGUCCCGGUGGAAAGAUAAAAGACCCAAAUCUGUACAUGUGUCCGAUCUACAAAAAGCCCAAAAGAACUGAUUUAACUUUCAUCACGAGUGUGUUCCUCAAAACCAGCCAGCAGCCCGAGCACUGGAUCAUGCGGGCUGUAGCUUUGCUCUGUGAUAUCAAAUAAACAUCAAAUAUAUAUUAUUAUGUAGAACCAGACUGUUGAUUGUAAAUUGUUGUAGACUUUAUAUCAAAGACUGUAUCCAAUAAACCUAUUUAUAUAUUACCAUGUUAUUCGAAGUAGACUAUUUAAUAAUGAAAUUGAAUUCGAUAAAAAAAAUGAAGCAUGUGUAUAACAUGACAAAGUUUAAUUUCUGCUCGAUAAAAUGUUAGACAAUACUGAUAUCAUCUAUUUUUGAUAUGAAGUGAAGCAGGCUUCGUUUUGUGUAAAAAUAUUAAAGAUUAAGAAAUGACAAUUAAAAUUUUGUAUGGAAUUUAUUUUCCAAGUGAAUAAAAGCUUCGUUUUGUGUGAAAAAGUUUCAAAAUGAAGCAACUAUAUUUACUUUUUAAGGAAUGUUUUCUUUUCAACUCAAUUGACUUCUGUUUUCAGUUACAAAUUAUUCCUAUUUCAGUCCACA